AUGCCAUCGACAUUUUGGGAUCUCUGUUCCGAUAUUCUUUUAGAUAUCUUUCCUUAUUUCUCAAUCGAUCAACUUUUUUUUUCAUUUUAUCCUAAUGUUCUUCCUAGUCUCCAAACGCUUCUUUCUGAAAGUCGCAUGAAAUUUCAACUUUGUCUCACUAAUGAUGAUCAUUUUAAUGCUACACUGCUUUCUCUUAUUGAUCGAAAUCAAAUCAGUUCAUUAUAUAUGACAACAGCGAAAAUCGGAUCUAUGAAAUUUCUCGAACUGCAAUUGAUUACAUUGAUCAACAUUCAUAUUGAUCGUAUGCUUCUACAAGAACUAUCAAAAUUACCUCAAUUGACAAGCGUCAUUUUGAUUGGCUCUCAAAUGAGAAAAGAAUGCUUUAGAAACAUAUUUUGUUUACCUUUUCUUAAAUACUUUGAAGUAAAUUUACAUGGUGGUUAUUUAGAUAUUCCAACAGCAUCCUAUAAAAAUACAUGUCCAAUUGAAGAACUUGUUUUCCGUACAGCUUGUUCAUGGGAACAUUUACAAAGAUUACUUGUUCAUUUAUCUCGGCUGCGUAUUUUACGUGUCAUGGUAAAUGUUGAUAGAACUUCGGAUAUUAGUAGACAAUAUACUAAUAAAUCUCUUUCUUCUAUCGAAAUUUUUGAUCUUACUUGGCAUUCAAUUGAAAUGGAAAACGUUCUUCAUUUUGCAGAUUAUAUGCCAAAUUUAAAACAACUCCAUUUAUCUGGUAAAAUGAAUUUGAAUAAUUUGAAUAGUUUGCUAUGGCAAGACCUUUUAGAGGUUGUUCGUCCGAAUUUAAAACGAUUAAAUGUCAAUAUGUUAAUUUCGAUUAGAGAAGGAGCAGACAAAAUCAAAAAGAAUUUCGAUGCCAAUCUCUUUUUUCAACGAAUUCAAUUUCAUUUAAUACUGAGUAAAAAGGAGGAUGAAUUAUUAAAACUUAUCGGUGAUUUUCGACGCUAA